UAAAUUUCAAUAAGAAAUAAGCUACUUACUGUAGUUUGAACAAAGCAUGUCGCUCAUCCCUGCUUUUUAAUGUGUGUGCUCAGAAGCAAUGAAUGGCAGAAAAUGGACCAGUGAGGGUAAAGAGGCAGAUGCUGAGCCACUGUGGCCACCACUCUGUGUGUGUCUGUAAUCUGAAGAAAGGCCCACACGUCAGUAUUGUAAUUGUGUCUGUUAAUAUCUGUUACUAAGGAGCACUGGGUGGUAAAGUGGCCCCCUUGACUGAUGAAGACUCACUAGACUGCAUUCCUGUUUGUUACUUCAUUCACAAACCUACACUUCCUGGUUACAGUGUGUUUGUAAUGUAGAAGAGCAGCCAGAGAGCUGAGAGACAAGUCGAGUCCUGCUGCAGUCUCAGGUUUGGCCUCACAACUGACAAUGCCUGCCGAAGUCGAGGGGCCGCAGCGGCAUAUUGAAUAAAGUCACAUUGUCAGUUCAUGGGACAUCAGGGACAUAAACAGUCCUAGCCUGCUGAGAGCUCACCUGAACUUUGGUGAAAGGAGCCUUUAGAAGAAACAAACAGUCAUUUAAACCACAAAACCUAAAGAUGAGUGAAGACGGCUUGAGUGGGAAGAUUGUGUCAAUGAUCUCCAUUGUAGGAAGAUCUGAGAAAGACAUUGCUGCCCUGUCUGGUUUAAAACAAAAGUUUCCUAAAGUAAUCCAAACCUUCUCUCAUGAGGAUCUACUCAAAAUCACCGAGUUCUACAAGCCCCACCUGGCUUAUGUGAUUGAAUACGACAUCAGGAGUAUCCUGCAGAACCUGGCCACCAAGAACAUCCUCACCAACGAUGAGGCCAAGAGAUUUAAAGCCAGAGAAGAAAGAGAGGGGCGAGCAGGUGUGGAGUCCUUCAUCAGUGACAUAAUGAAGAGGGACAGUGUGGUACUGGUGAGCCUGUGGGUGGCACUGGCUGAAGAACUUGUGAGAUUUCCAUCACCAAAUCUGACAAGAAUACUGAAGGAGGUGACAGACGGUGGACCAGACCUCUUGAUGAACAUUCAGGCCAGUCUCCAGCCCACUCCCACUGAUGUUCGUAUUAAAGGUCUCCAUGAGACACACAGAGGUGGUGUGUCUGAAUCUACAAGAACUCUGGAGGAUCAGGCAUCUCCUGGAGAUCCACAAUUCAGAGCUGUGGGCUUUGAGACUCGAUACACAGAGCUGAUGGUCUUUAAACAAUUCAAAAGAACUUACAGUGAGAGGCACCAUGAACUUGAGAAAAUGGGGAGAACUCAUGCAGAGCUAAUAGAGAGGCGGACAAAAGAGAAAUGUGAGCGAAUCUGGACUGAGCAGCUUUUUAGGAGGAGUCCUGGAAGUGAGACAGACCCUAACAUUGUAGUGGUCAGUGGGGUGGCUGGAAUUGGGAAGACCACCAUGGUCCAGAAGAUCAUGUUUGACUGGGCCAGAGGCACUCAGUACCAGAGGUUUGCAUUUGUGUUCCUAUUUAAAUUCAGGGAGCUCAACCUCCUAGACACAGAGACAGAACCCCAGAUGCCUCUGACCAGGCUGAUUGUAAGGCACUAUAAAUAUCUCAAUGACCCAAGACUGAGAGAAAUCCUGAAGAAACCUGAAUCUCUCCUCUUUAUAUUUGAUGGACUGGAUGAGUACAAACACAAACUGGACUUUACACAGGAGAGACUCUGCUCAAACCCAGAGAAGGACUACUUUCCUGUACACUCCCUGGUCACCAGCCUGGUCAGAAGGACAUUACUGAAGGGCUGCACAGUCCUGAUAACAACCAGACCAACAGCCCUGGAGACCCUGGACAUGGAGAGAGUUGAUCGAUUUGCAGAGAUCUUGGGGUUCUUCCCUGAACAAAGGCUGAUGUACUUUAAGAAGUUCUUUGGUGAUGCUGAUCGAGGCUCUGAGGCUUUUCACUAUGUGGAGGAGAACGCCAUCCUGUACACCAUGUGCUUCAACCCCUCGUACUGCUGGAUUAUCUGCUCUGUGCUGAAAAGCCACUUCAUGAUACCUGAAGAAGAGCGAGGAGCUGCCCCCAGAACUGUCACUGAGCUCUUUGUGAUGUUCCUUCAUAACAUCCUCACCAAUCACAAGCGAGAAGGCAAGGACCAGCAGGGGAUUCUGAUCAAAGUAGGAAAGAUGGCUUAUCAUGGGUUGGUGAACAGGAAUCUUGUGUUUUAUGACAAGUUUGAGAUGUCCACCUUUGGUCUCCGGCCAGUUCUGUCCUCUCCAUUCCUCUCAGGGUUCCUCAAAGAAAUCCUUCAGAGAGAAAGCACUCUGGAGCACACGACGUACACAUUCUACCAUCUCACCCUGCAGGAGUUCAUGGCCGCCUGCUCCUUCUACCUCGAUCCAUCAGGGGGCAUUGAAGAGCUGCUUGAGAAGUUGGACUCAUGUGAAGAUGGCCGGUUUGAGAUUCUCACUCGAUUUUUAGCAGGACUGGCCAGAAAUUCUGUGUUUAAGACACUGGGGGGAGUCAUGGGAGAGUUUGAGAGGAAGACAGCAAAGCGAAUACUGGAGUGGGUGAAGAAGAAAGCUGAAGAGGCGCUACAGGUACGGGAUAACAGUGAAGCUCUACGAGUGUGUCAGUGGCUCUAUGAGACUCAGAAUAAGAGAUUAAUCAGAGAUGCCAUUGGGAAGGAUUUAAAGAUGGAGUUUAGUGAGAUGACUUUAUCUCCUCUAGACUGUGCUGUGCUGGGCUCUGUCAUCAGCUGCUGUGGAGAACUUGAGGAGAUCGACCUGUCAAACACAGAGCUCACCUCAGAGUGCAUCAUGAGACUGGCGCCGGGGCUCAUCUGCUGCAGACGUGUCAACCUGUCUCAAUGUGGUCUCACCUCCACAUGUUGCUCAGCUCUCUCCUCAGCUCUUUCCGCUCCACACUCACGACUGACUGAACUAAACCUGAGCAGCAGCAACAACAUGAAGGAUUCAGGAGUGAAUCACCUGUGUGAGGGGCUGAGGAGUGAAAACUGCAAAUUAGAGAAACUGAACCUCGAGUAUUGUCGUCUCACCUCCAGAUGUUGCUCAGCUCUCUCCUCAGCUCUUUCUGCUCCACACUCACGACUGACUGAACUGAACCUGAGCAACAACAACAACAUGGAGGACUCAGGAGUGGAUCAGCUGUGUGAGGGGCUGAGGAGUGACAACUGCAAAUUAGAGAAACUGAGCCUAUAUCGUUGUGGUCUCACCUCCAAAUGUUGCUCAGCUCUCUCCUCAGCUCUUUCUGCUUCACACUCACGACUGACUGAACUGAACCUGAGAGACAACAACAUGGAGGAUUCAGGAGUGGAUCAGCUGUGUGAGGGGCUGAGGAGUGAAAACUGCAAAUUAGAGAAUCUGAACCUGUCAUCAUGUCGUCUCACCUCCAGAUGUUGCUCAGCUCUCUCCUCAGCUCUUUCUUCUCCACACUCACGACUGACUGAACUGAACCUGAACGAAAACAACAUGGGGGAUUCAGGAGUGGAUCAGCUGUGUGAGGGGCUGAGGAGUGAAAACUGCAAAUUAGAGAAACUGAGCCUGUCUCGUUGUCGUCUCACCUCCAGAUGUUGCUCAGCUCUCUCCUCAGCUCUUUCUUCUCCACACUCACGACUGACUGAAAUGGACUUGAGCAUCAACAACAUGGAGGAUUCAGGAGUGGAUCAGCUGUGUGAGGGGCUGAGGAGUGAAAACUGCAAAUUAGAGAAACUGAACCUGUCUCGUUGUCGUCUCUCCUCCAGAUGUUGCUCAGCUCUCUCCUCAGCUCUUUCUGCUCCACACUCACGACUGACUGAACUGAAUCUGAGCAAAAACAACAUGGAGGAUUCAGGAGUGGAUCAGCUGUGUGAGGGGCUGAGGAGUGAAAACUGCAAAUUAGAGAAACUGAGCCUGUCUUAUUGUCGUCUCUCCUCCAGAUGUUGCUUAGCUCUCUCCUCAGCUCUUUCUGCUCCACACUCACGACUGACUGAACUGAACCUGAGCAACAACAACAACAUGGAGGAUUCAGGAGUGGAUCAGCUGUGUGAGGGGCUGAGGAGUGAAAACUGCAAAUUAGAGAAACUGAACCUGGAGUUAUGUGGUCUCACCUCCAGAUGUUCCUCAUCUCUCUCCUCAGUCCUCUCUUCUCCACAUUCACGAUUGACUAUGCUGGACCUGAGCGGCAACAAACUGGGAGAUUUAGGAGCUCAUCAGCUGUGUGAGGGUCUGCGGACCCCAAAAUGUAAAUUAGAGAAACUGCGGCUGUCUGGUAAUGAGAUCAGUGAGAGUGAAAUGAAGAACCUGAGGUCACUACAGGAGGAGCUGAACAGGACUGGACGGCAGGUGAAUAUCAGAAUAUGGUGAAGACAGGACAUGCUGAUCAACUGACCCCAGUGAUGGCGCCCCCUGUCCACUCCCUCUAAAUUCUCCUCUUUUUUCUUUUAUAAUCUCCUCAGCUCUCCUCCACAUUUAAUAAACUCUCCAUGUCCUCAUGUAAGCCUGUGUGCUUCUUCUUUAAACUCACUUGUACUUCUCCACCCUUUUCACCCUGAACUUGUCACUAAAUUUCACAAGUUCAGACCAGAGACCCCUGAGUUUCACCAGCCAGAGGACCACAGUGAGAAUUGUCCUGUAAAACCAGCUGGGGUCAGAAUCCCACUGAGGGGAGCAGCAGGAGCAAACAUGGAUGGACAGUCCAGUUGUAGGGUGAUGGAGAGUGAGGCCAAUCCUGGCAUUGGUGUCAAAUUCUGUAUAGGCACCGGGCCAUCACAGGUCAAGCUGAUGGUGGUCUGAGCAGAAACCUCAUAAACCUACUGCUCCUCAACAUCAUGUGGUGUUGUUGAACCCAUGUCUGCUCCUCUCCUUGUUCACUGCCUCAUUUGCACACAAUUCAUGUCAUCUUCUGUUUGUGACUGAACAGACUCUACCAUGUGCUGGUUUGGACUUCUGUGACACUUCAACACACACACGGCUCAGGUCUCUUUGUCUUCUUUGUCAUUCCCUAAUUGUCACCUCGCUGUCACCUUCACUCGUGUCCUCUUUAGAAAGCAGUGGCCUGAACAACUGAGCCAUUUUAAAAGAAAUGAGAGCAAAAGGACAAGAUGAGGAGAACUCAGGCCUGCUGGUCUAGAAAGUGCGAGGGACUGGCGGCCCACCCAGGGUUGAAUCUCAUGCAUUGAACCCGAUGUUGACCUUGAACUGGACUGAGUGGGUUCAGAAAAUACUGGAAUGGAGGACACCAAACACAUAAUAAGAAAUAAGAGUGGAACUGCGAUGACAGUCCAAUUACUGAGGGCCUGGAUGAUGGAGCAUGAGACCACAGAUUGAAGGUGGGCAUCUCCUGGACAGCUGAAUAAGGAGAAGAGUGUGGACAGAUGGACUUUGAGUGUGACAGAGGAGAAAAGACAGAGAGACAAACAAGGGUGCAUGAAGAAGAACUACAAAGAGAAAGAUGGUUAGAGAGACAGGAGAGAUAGGGGACAGAUGGGGACAGAAGGGGAGAGUCAAAUAGGACAAAGGGUGACAAUAAAUGGAGGAGAGAAGGAAGAGGCCAUUUUAAAGUGAAACAGAGGAAAAGCUGAGUCACAUCAGAAUGGAGCAGAGUCAGGGCCGGAUUAAGACCCUUAGAUGCCCUAAGCAUUAAGUAAUUUUGGUGCCCCCUUACACUAGUAAUUCAAAAUAUUAAAACAAUAACAAACUAGAAAAUAAAAUUUUAUUUUAUUAUCGAAAAUUCGAAAUUAAACAAAACAUACUUAUAGUAAGAAGGAAAAUAAUAUUUAUUUUUGUAUGCUUCAUUUUAUUUUUAUCUUAAUAAUUUUCUCCUACUUUUUUUCCUUGCAAACUCUUUGAUUAGAUCUUCAUAACAGAGAUAUGGCAUCCAGCCUGCCUUGAUGCAUAGUUGUUCUGAGGGGAUUUUUAAUAUAUUUCAACCGAGAAAAUGAACGCUCAGCUGAGCAGUUUGUGACCAUUAAUGUUAAAAAUAUAUGAAAGGCAUUGUCUACAUUUGGAAAAGCACACUCAAUAUUGUCUUGUAAAUUUAUUUUAUAAAGUUCUGCAUGACUGAA